AUGGGCACUCUCGCCUGCCAUUCUCAGCCUGUGGUGUCGACCGACAACAGCCUCUGCCCCACAUCCCCACGUCCCGAGGAUGGCGAUUACCUCGUCGACGUGCUCCGCUCCAAGACCGGCACGACGGAGACGGAGUUGAUCGAGAAGCUCGUAGCAGAGGCAGCCAAUCUGGGAAUCGACACAGCACAACCCCUGGCCAACGCCGAGAAGAGUGUGACGUCGAGCCUCGACUUCCUCCUCCACUCCUUUUCCUCCGAUGCACAGACCUGCUCGAAUAGCACUGCAUGCACGCUGUCUCAGUGUCCCUCUUCGGCUCCCGACUCCCCCUCCUUGACGGACAUCUCGGGCACGUUAAGUCCUCGUCGCUGGUCCGAGGUCCUCGAUUUCGACGUGUACGAAAAGUAUCUUUCUUACCUAGGCCCCAACAUCACGCAGCCAAAAUAUGCCCGGACCUCAGACCCCGAGGCAGCAGAUACCUUGCGGGUGAAGCGGGGUCCUUUCUCCAAGAAGACAGGGAUUUCGAAUCUCAAGCUUGGCAUCAAGUCCAGGAUCUCCUGGAAGAAGAGGGCGGCGAAUUCCUCCCGCAAAACGACGUCCUGCAUCUGUUGCCGCGAUGAUUUCGACGAGCCCAGCGCCUUGCGCGACCUUCCUUGUGGCCACACCUAUUGCAACGAAUGCCUGAAGAUCAUGAUUGACCAGGCGACCCUAGACGAGACAAAGAUGCCGCCGAGGUGCUGCACUCUGCCGAUACCGAAUGCUGUUUUGAAGAUUGGAGAGAAGUCGGGGUGGAGGCGGUGUCACCGGUGUCGGACGCUCGUCGAGCUCAGCCAGGGGUGUACGCACAUGACGUGCCGGUGCAAGGCGCAGUUCUGCUACAUCUGCGGCGCCGUCUGGGAUCCCUCCGUAGGUUGUCCCAACUUUUGCAACGGCGACGAAGAACUGGAGCGGCGCCAGGCCGAGGAGGCUGCGAGGUUGGCCGAGAGGGAGGCCGAGAAGGAAGCGCGAGAGGCGGCGGCCGCAGCAGAAGCGAUUGAGCAGCAGGACGCGAGGGAACGCACGACAAAUAGCUUAGAGUUUGCGGGGCUCGCCGCGGAGCAGGCGGCGGAGCUGCAGAGGUUCCAGGCCUACGUCAAGAAGCGGCGAGACAUGAUGUGGAACAAACAGUUGCAGAAAAAGCUGGCUUUGAGCGACAAAUUUUCCGACCAGAUGGAGAAGAUGAAAGACCGCCACGCCAAGACGGUGAUGCACCUAGAGGACCGCCAACUGGCGGCGGAGAUGGAGCUACGCGAUAAUCUGGAGCAGAGCGAGAGGAGCAUCCGCAUUCGCCUAAGACACAUGGAAGCCUACUGCGACAAGGUCGGGCAAACCGCCGACUCGGACAUGCCGCCACGGGUGGUGACGGAACGAGAUCUCCGGGAGCUCGGACAGCAAUACAGUUUACGAGAUGGCAUGGAGCGGCUUCACAAGGCGAAAAUCAAUGUCAUGCGCGAUCGCCAGCUUAAGGCCAUGGAAGAACUGGUCGAGCGCCAAGAGGAAGAGUGGCAGAGGCUCCUGAGCAAGAGAGACGAGGAGAUUGAGAACCUGGCGGCGGAGUUUGCCCUCGAGGAGGACGUUCUCGCUCGCGAAUGCUGCCAACGGCAGACCAAGCUGCAAUGGCGAUGGCUGCUCCAGGUAGAAAUUCUCCGUCGCAAGCUCGAAGAGAAGCAUCAGCUCAAGUACGCCUCCGUUCCCAUACCCCGGUGGCCUUCCGAAUGCGCCGCAGCGGCAUCCCGGGAGUAG